CAAGGCACGGAGAAACCCAGCAGGACAGGACUGAGGAGCUCCUGUUGAUCUGGGCACUUUCUCCUUCUUCGUGUUACUGACCUCCUCCUCCUGGGAGGAGCCCCUUUAGGACACGGAUCCCAAAGCAUCAAGAGAUACCAGGAAGCACCGCUGAUCUGCACAGACCCCCUUUGCCUGCUGCUGCCCCACAGUAAACAGGGAGCUGCUAGGGAGCCGCAUGAUGUAAACCCAGAUUCUCCAACCACUGACUCCCAUCCCCUGUGACCACAGCCAGGGGCCACAUCCAACAGCUUGUCCAGUGUCCAUCCAUGGAGGCGACCACCGUGUCCCCAUCGCCUGCCUCACCCACUGAAGGAGAAAAUCUCUGUGAGAUAGAUGUCACCAACGUGGCCAUACACAGUGUGGCACUGCUCAUCUGCCUCUGUGGGCUGGCUGGGAAUGGGGCUGUCCUCUGGCUCCUCAGCUCCCCCCAUGUGUCCAGGAACAGCACCACCCGUUACAUCCUCAUUCUAACUUUUUUCGACUUCCUUCUCCUCCUCCAUCUGGUCCCCUCCAGUCUGCUUUUCCUGCAAGAGGACGUGUCCUGCUCUGUCAUCAUGCCCUUGCUGUAUGUCUGGUUGGUUUUCCAGCUAUCACUGAUGUACAGCAGCCUGGGGCUGUACCUGCUGACAGCCAUCAACAUCCGGAGGUGCAGGUCCAUCCACUGCCCGAUCUGGCACUGCUGCCACCGUCCCCAGCACCUCUCAAAGGUGGUGUGUGCCGUGAUCUGGGCAUUCUCCAUCACUGUCAUUGCACUCUUUACAGCAGUAAUUUUUCUGUGUGCAUCCCAACUACCUGAGCACUGCCGGAUGUCUCUCAUAUCCAUGUAUGCCUUCAACCUCCUGCUCUGUGCUCCUUUCACUCUCAUUUCCAGCGCAAUCCUCUUCAUUAAGGACAAGUCUGGAUCCCACCAGCAGCAACCCAAGAGGCUCAACAUUGUUAUCUGCGUCAUUUUGCUCUUCACUCUGCCCCUCAGCCUCUGGAAAUUCCUACAGGAGUUUGGCUAUACCAUUUUCACCUCCCAGGAGGCUUUCCUGCUCAUCUGCAUCCAAAGCUCCAUCAAACCCUUUAUCUACUUCUUGGCAGGGAGCUGUUGGAGGCACUGCUCUAUGGGGUCCCUCCGGCUCUCCCUCCAGAGGAUCUUUGAGGAGCCAGAAGAAAACCCUGCUGAUAUUGAUGAUCCUGCCAUGGAAGCUGUGCUCUGAGUCUAGUGAUUCCUCCUGCUGCAGUGCUGAGAGACCCCAGGACUGUGGCUGAAAGAUUCCUGGACCCAUCUGAUGAAUAAAUAUCCACAGUG